UCCUCGCGCAGCGUAACAGUUCCUGGUCAGUGCUAGCAACCUGCUGCCUGUAACUUCUCUAAUUAUUCAGACUCGGUCCGCUUUUAAACCGAGCUUCUUCCAACAUGUGUCCGAGGAUGAGACCGUGUGGAAGGUGAGCGCAACGCGGCCCUCGGCUCUGUGUUUCCCCGGCUGCAUGGUGCACUCCGACGCCCGGGGUUGCGGUUUGGCCUCCAGCCGCGGCUGCGAAUGAACUUCAUUUCUCAGCGUCGCCCAGCUCUAUUUAAUUUAUAAAGAUGGCGGUGAGGGGGACACUGUGAACUAAAUGACUGUCAGAAACAUCGCCUCCAUUUGUAAUAUGGGCACCAAUGCCUCCGCUUUGGAGAAAGACAUCGGCCCAGAGCAAUUCCCGAUCAAUGAGCACUACUUCGGCUUGGUCAAUUUUGGAAACACGUGUUACUGUAACUCGGUGCUCCAGGCCCUGUACUUCUGCCGGCCGUUCCGGGAGAACGUGUUGGCCUACAAGGCCCAGCAGAAGAAGAAGGAGAACCUGCUCACAUGCCUGGCCGACCUCUUCCACUCCAUCGCCACGCAGAAGAAGAAGGUGGGCGUCAUCCCGCCUAAGAAGUUCAUCUCCAGGCUACGGAAGGAGAACGAUCUGUUUGAUAACUACAUGCAACAAGAUGCCCACGAAUUCCUCAACUAUCUGCUGAACACGGUAGCCGACAUCCUGCAGGAGGAGAAGAAGCAGGAAAAGCAGAACGGACGCCUGAAGAACAACAGCCCGGCCGAGGCUGAGAUGGAGAACAAGACGGAGCCCACGUGGGUUCACGAUAUCUUCCAAGGCACGCUGACCAACGAGACGCGCUGCUUGAAUUGUGAAACGGUGAGCAGCAAAGAUGAGGAUUUUCUGGAUCUUUCUGUGGAUGUGGAGCAGAACACAUCCAUAACUCACUGUCUCAGGGACUUCAGUAACACAGAGACUUUGUGCAGUGAAUAUAAAUACUACUGUGAAACAUGCUGCAGCAAACAGGAAGCACAGAAACGGAUGCGUGUGAAAAAGAUCCCUAUGAUCCUGGCUCUACACCUGAAGAGAUUCAAGUACAUGGAGCAGCUUCACCGCUACACCAAGCUCUCCUAUCGGGUGGUUUUUCCACUAGAGCUGCGCCUGUUCAACACAUCUGGGGAUGCAGUGAACCUGGACCGCAUGUAUGAUCUGGUGGCUGUGGUGGUUCACUGCGGAAGCGGCCCAAACAGAGGUCAUUACAUCACCAUUGUAAAGAGCCACGGCUUUUGGCUUCUGUUUGACGAUGACAUAGUGGAGAAAAUCGACGCCCAGGCCAUCGAGGAGUUUUAUGGGCUCACCUCAGACAUUUCUAAAAACUCCGAAUCUGGAUACAUCCUUUUCUACCAGUCGAGGGAGUGACACCGGUGCUAGAUGAGCCACAUGAAGAAGACCGUUGUUUUUUAUUUACUUUCUAGCAUAAGAAACCCAGACCUUUCUCUCCAUCCUCCCUGACAUGUGUGCCAGUCCUCCUCUGGGUUUGAUUCCUUUUCUUUUUAUCUCUGCUUUUCUCUCUGAGUUAACAGACUUUUGUCUUGUAGUCACCUGCAUCUGGACUGCACUUUAAAAAGCAAAAGCAAAAAUGCUCAACAGCAUGAUAGAAGUGAAGCAGACGCUUGGUGUUGCUGCUGGGAGACACGCAGACAGCAGUCAGAAGCUGAACCAUAUCGGAUAUAUUUAUGUAAAGUCCAUAAUGUGCCACCCAGUCAUAAUUCCUCUUAUUAGGGCUAUUUUUCUCCUUUUGUUCUCUUUUAGCUGCAUGAGACAUGGAUGAACCUGCAGACAUUUCAUUCUCCUCAAAAGGAGCUGAAGCAAUAUCCCAGCUUUCAUCCAAAACUACCUAAGCUAGAAACUAUUCCAACUAAGAACACUAUCUGAGCCACAAACUCUUUAACACUACACAUUAUUCUUAGAGAGAUGCACCGAUCAGGCUUUUCAGAUUAGCUCUGACCCGCUUUUCUGUGUUUAGUCUGGUUUUAUAACACCGGACUUGGAACACAUUAAACAGGAAAUUUGUGCUGCAGAAGCUGAAAGAAUUGCCAAAUUAUCGCCGUUUAUGCAUCGAAGCACACGUCGCUAUCUUUUAUAUGAAACUAAGGAGUGGAUCAGAGGGAGUGCUGUUGGUUGAUGCGUUUUAUAGUUAAAAAAUGGUGGGAGUUUUUAGUUUUGAUGCAUUUUUUACUGAUCUGACCCGAUAAAGAGGACAUUGUCCGAUUCUAACCUCUGGAUAACCGAUUGGUGCAUCUCAAAAGAAUUUUAACACCAAAAGGAUGUUUGUUUUUGUUAAAGGUACCAACUAUUUAUUGAAAUUAUUAUUAUUAUAUAUUUAUUGGGAUUUAUUCUAUUUCAUGCUGACCUGAUGGUGUGUGUGUGUGUAAAAAUGUUUUUAUCUAAACUCCCUGUAAAACCCAACGUAAAGUUUAAAAAGAUUAAUCCAGGAAACACCUUCCGCAACAAUAUGACCUCUUGACUGAUAUGAAACUAGUGCAAUAUGUGGUGUUGGUAGCUGAUGUGGAAUUUCCCUCUGAAAUGGAGCAUUUGCAUCUUUUUUUUCUGGAUCAGUAGCUGAUUUGUUUCUCCGCUAAUCUUCCUCUAGUGCCAUGUGUCUGUAGUUCUUAGAGUACGGUGGAUCUCAGAAAUCAAAAUGCCAGGUUUUGUACCCGACUGAAUUUAUUUUAACUCUUCUCACCUUGUGAUGCAUCGACAAAUCCUUCAGUGUCGCUUUCGGCCUUUGAGUACCCUUACUGACCAGCUUUUUAAUUUUAAAUUUUUUUAUCAAGUUUGAGAAAAGUCCAGUUUUUGCCGUCACUGCUGUCCCACUUUGUCUUUGUUCUAUUCACUGCACCUUGGCGCACUUUCUGUACCCCCACAUUUCAGCAACCUAGAAUUAUACCUUGAGGAUGAAAAUUAACAAAAUCAGGAGGAACCUUUAAGCUGCACCUUAAGUUUAGCUUAUUCUGAUCCAAUAAACAAAUAGAUUUAAUAUUAAAUUGAAUCACAUGUCAAAAUGUCAUUAAAUGCUAGAUUGGUUCCUUUUCAGUUGAAAUAUGAAAAUGUGAAGUUUUUCAUGGUUUAAAAUCUGGCAUUUUACUGGGCGCUGUGCACUUUUGAGAUCCUCUAAAUCUUUCUUUUUAACUCCCACCCCACCGGGAAAUGAACUACAUAUCUUUCUGGAACUGCACACAGAUUUUAUAUACAUUUUUUUUUCUUCCUUGUUCUUACAUCAAACACCAGCUCAAGUAGUUCAACUUUGUUAUUUUUUUUUUUUUCAUAUGUAGCACACUGGAGUCCUGAAAAUGAAGGAUCCUCCGUUUGAAUCCUCUGUACUGUAGAUUUUCCUUUACUUGGAGCUUAUUUUUCCUUUAUAUUAAUAUAAGAUCAAGCAUUUUUGUUUUUGACAUUCCUUGUUUGCUGCACAUAAUGGAGAAUCACUAUUCUGUACAUCAUAAUUAGAGGUAGGAUAAAUAAUUUCUUAGUUUAGUGUGUGAGUGCAGGAGAGGCGGAUCUGGAUGCUAAGCGAGCUCGGUGCUCCCCUCUGAUGCUGGUUCUCUUUAACUGGACGAACACGUGCCAAACUGGAUUUAAUACUGACAGCAGCUGUCUUCAGUGGAGCAUUAAGUACUUUGUAAAGGCCACCUUGUGUGGUUUAUAAUAACGUAGAAAAGUAGUUCAAUGAAUAAGAAAUAUUUUUUUAAACAAACGCAAAAAUGACGGAGACCUCCACCAAAGGCUGGCUCGUAAUGGAAAGUACGCGUGCUGCUUUGUAAUCACUACAUUGUCAAAGAAAUGUGCAGAUGUUCACAUUUGCUGCUGGGUUUAGACUAGAAAACUGUAGCAGGAGCAGAUAUGAGGAUGAACAGACUAAACAUGCUGAGCUUCCAUUAACUUAUGCACUCUUCCUCACUGGGAGGCUCUGUUAUUUCCUGUGUGUGUGUCUUGGCGUCCUACUAGUCCUGCACCAUGUUGGACGUGACUGGGCCUCUGUGAGGGGACGACUAGACGACUAGGAGUCUAUGUGGCAGUUAAUUGCAAAGUGCACUUUAUUAGUGAUGAGCUCUAUGCUUUGAUGAGAUGAACCACAGUGUAACACCCUCACAAUGACUUUUUUUUUUCUUGUGUUCAAUAAAAUUAUCAUG